GGUGAAGAGGCUGCACGAAGCGCUUCAGAGUGCACAAGUGAAGCGUCAGCGGCUCUCCCCUCCGUACCCCGCACCUCCCACACCCCUUCACCCGAUUCAUCAGCUCGCCGUGCACCAGCAUAUCAAAGUGCAGCAAAGCAUUGUGCAACAGAGCAUCGUGCAGCAGCAUCAGUUGAAUCUGGCCCAUCAGUCGCUGCAGAACUUGCAAGCACAGAGCUUGCAGGCAGCUCAGCAGAGCCUUCAAGCAGCACAGAGUCUGCAGACUCAGAGCCCGGUGGCGACGGGCGGCACAGGCACGCAGCAGGCGGCGGGAGCGACACAGGGCGCGCUGGUGCCACCGCAGCAGCCAUCGCCGCGGGCCGCUUCACCGCAACAUAAGAACAUGGAGCUCGCGCUGUGUCAGAGUAUGGACUCUGUCAAUACUGCAACCACUGAGGAAGAGGUGCGGACGUUGUUCGUGAGUGGACUGCCCAUGGACGCCAAGCCAAGAGAACUCUAUUUGCUGUUUCGAGCAUAUGAGGGAUACGAGGGUUCGCUGUUAAAGGUUACAAGCAAAAAUGGAAAAACGGCAUCUCCAGUUGGUUUCGUCACAUUUCACACUCGGGCUGGAGCCGAGGCAGCUAAGCAAGACCUUCAGCAGGGCGUCCGGUUCGACCCCGACAUGCCGCAAACAAUUCGGCUGGAGUUCGCUAAAAGCAACACGAAGGUCAGCAAGCCGAAGCCGGCAGUUGCCACAGCCGCGCCAGCUGCACACCCCGCAUUGAUGCACCCACUCACUGGACACUUAGCCAGUCCGUUCUUCCCCGGAGGGGGCGCUGAGCUGUGGCAUCACCCAUUGGCAUACGGAGGGGAACUGCCUGCUCUGUCGCACGGGCUGGUCCACCCCGCCAUUCAUCCGCAGAUGGCGCCCGUCCGUUCUUACCUCUGA